AUGAUCUACAGGUCGAAGAUCGACAAACUCUCCAUCCUGGGAGUUCGCUCCUUCGAUAACACACGCAGCGAAACGAUACAGUUUCAUACACCUCUCACAUUGAUUGUCGGAUACAAUGGCUCAGGGAAAACGACUAUCAUCGAAUGUCUCAAAUAUGCCACGACCGGUGACCUACCACCAAAUAGCAAGGGUGGUGCCUUCAUUCACGACCCGAAAUUAUGUGGCGAGAAGGAAGUACUGGCCCAGGUGAAGCUGUCAUUCAAGGCUACCUCCGGGGCGAAAAUGGUUGCCACACGCAGUCUGCAACUUACGGUCAAGAAAACUACGCGGCAACAAAAGACUCUGGAAGGCCAGUUGCUCAUGGUCAAGAAUGGUGAGCGGACGGCUAUCUCUUCUCGGGUGGCCGAAUUGGACCAGAUUAUGCCGCAAUACCUGGGUGUCUCGAAGGCCGUACUUGAUUCAGUCAUUUUCUGUCACCAGGACGAAAGUUUGUGGCCAAUGAGUGAACCCUCGGUGUUGAAAAAGAGAUUUGACGAAAUCUUUGAGGCGAUGAAGUACACCAAGGCCAUUGAUAAUAUCAAAGCUCUGCGAAAGAAGCAAAACGAGGAGCUUGGAAAAUUCAAAAUUAUGGAGCAACAUGCGAAGGAAGACAAAGACAAGGCGGACCGUGCCGAAAAACGUUCCAUCAUACUUCAAGAUGAGAUCGAGGCGUUGCGCGAAGAAACCCAGCAAAUGUCGAAGGAAAUGCGACGAGUCGCUGAUCUUGCUGAUAAAGCCUGGACGCAAUCGGAAAGUUAUGCUCAGGUCCUCGGUGCCCUAGAGGGAAAGCGUAUCGAAGCUAAAAGUAUCCAAACUACCAUAGACAACCUUAAGAGGCAUUUGGUUGAGCUUGACGACUCCGAUGAAUGGCUCGAAUCAACCCUGGAGCAAUUCGAAACCAAGCAGGUCCAAUACCAGCAACAAGAGGAAUCCCAGAAGGAGAACUACAUGGAAUUAAAGGAGCAGAUCGAACAGACUCGUCAUCGUCUUGGUCUGAAGCAGGCAGAGAACGGAAAGUUUGAGAAUGACAAAGCCAAUUUUGAGCGUCAAUCUGAAAGACGCCAGAAAAUGAUCAACGAGAUUGCUCAUGCCAAUAAUAUCCGUGGUCUUGAUGACAAAAUGGAUCAAGCUGAAAUCGACACAUUCAUGCAGAAAAUCCGACGCCUUCUAAGAGAGCAAAAUCAAUCUCUGGACCGCGUGAAGCGCGAAGCCCAGAAAGAGCUUCGAGAAGUCCAGGAGACAUUGAAUGAGAUUGGACAAACCAAGUCGGCACUUCAAGAGAGCAAGAAUGCGGCAAAACGCCAGAUCGCAGAAAAUGACAAGGAGGCCGCAACUUACCAGGGCAAGCUCAAUGAGAUUGAGGUUGAUGAAGGCGUGCAGGCUGUGCUCGAGUCGAAGGUCGAAGAUAUCACAUCAAAUUUGAACAACGCGAAAGAGCGAUCCAAGACUGCUUCCUGGGAACAAGAGAUUCAGGAUACCAAUGCGGAGAUCCGCCGCCUUGAGGAUGAAAGCUCAAGGUUGAACACUGAAUUAAUUGAUUCGACUAAGAAGGCCGGAGAGCUGGCUCGCUUGGACCACCUCAAGAAAGAAUCCAAGGACCGGGAGCGCAGCCUGCAAACCAUGAAAGGAGCUCAUGGAGAUCGUCUUGAGAAGGUUGUUGGCGCAGACUGGCAGCCAGAGACACUGGAGCGUGGUUUUCAGCAGGCCCUCGACACUGAGUCAAAAAAGGUGAACGAUGCGGAACGACAGCGCGACAGCGUGAGCCGAGAACUGGAGCAAGUCGAGUUUAAGCUCAAGACUGCCAAGAAUAACCUCAAGCAACGCCAAAAGGAACUCGACGAAUGCGUGAAGGAAAUUCACGAAGCAGUUGACGCAGAGCCCUCCGAGUACCCUGAAAUUGUAAAAGAACGCCAAGCACAGUACGAUCUCGCUCGCAAAGAUGCCGACCAGUAUGCUGGAAUGGGAGAAUAUCUUAUCAAGUGUCUGGAUGCCGCCAAGCGAACCAAACUGUGCCGAACAUGCCAACGGUCCUUCAAAAACGAGACAGAACUCCAGACAUUCACCAAGAAGCUAGAUGCCUUGGUCAAGAAGGCUGGUCUUGAUGCUGAGGAUGAGACCCUGAAGGGUCUUGAAGAGGAUCUGGAAAUUGCCCGUGGAGUCAGUGCUUCCUACGAUUCCUGGGUACGUUUGACGGCGACGGAUAUCCCAGAGCUGGAGCAAGAAGAGCAGGAGUGUGAAUCUCAACGUGACCAGCUUUUGGAUAAGUUGGAAACCCAUGAUGGAAAGGUCAGCGAGAAGACUGAGAGUAAGCGUGAGGUCGAGGGGCUUUCCAAAACGGUCAGCACCAUCGCACGUUACGACGCCGAAAUCAAGGCUAUUAAAUCCCAAAUCCAAGAGCUUUCCGCGAAACAACAGGAUGCGUCCACUGCUCGCACCCUAGAAGAUAUCCAAGAUGAACUUGCUGCAAUCACCGAAAAGUCCCGGGAGCUAAAGAAGGCUCUCACUAAAGUGACGAACGAGAAAGAAAAGACACGGGCUGAGAUCAAUAAGCUCGAACUUGAGUUCAGAGAUGUGAAGAGCAGUCUAGAUAAUACCAAGUUCCAGUUGGAAAAGAAGGCGGAUUUGAUUGUUCGGAUGGAGGAAUUUAAGAAGCUUAAUACUAAGCAGCGGGAAGCAAUUGAGAAAGCAGACCGCGAUAUUGAAGCCCUUACCCCGGAAUUGCUCCAAGCCCAAGCCCGCUAUGACGAUAUCAGCCAACGGGCCGAUGAGCGUGAACGGGACCUGCAACAUGAGAUCAACCGUCUCUCCGAGAACAUUCACCAACUCGACCUUGCCAAUGACGAUAUCAACUCUUACAAUGAGCGAGGAGGUCCAGACCAGCUUGAACGAAGCAAACAGGAGCUUGAAAUGAUCGAGGCUGAAAUCGGCAAACUGGAAGCUGAACAAAGCGAGAUCACAAGAGAAAUAAACAAGAUCUCAGCGCAGCUGAAGGACAGCGAGAACACCAAACGGCAGUAUUCUGAUAAUUUGACCUAUCGUCAAGCUACUCGAUCUCUAGACACAGUUGUGCAAGAGGUCGAGCAACUUGAAGCGCAAAAUGCCGAGGUGGAUCGUGGUCGUUUCAAGCAAGAAUCAGAACGUUGGACGCGUGAGCACAAUGCCCUUGCUGCCAAACAAGCUAGCAAAAUGGGUGAAAUGAAGUCCAAGGAUGACCAGCUGAUGCAAUUGCUGGCGGAUUGGAACACCGACUACAAGGAUGCUGCUACGAAAUACAAAGAAUCCCAUAUCAAAGUCGAAACCACCAAAGCCGCCGUCGAGGAUCUUGCCCGAUACGGUGGAGCUCUCGAUAAGGCAAUCAUGCAAUACCACGGCCUGAAGAUGGAAGAGAUCAAUGCAAUUGUCGGCGAACUUUGGCAAAAGACCUACCGCGGAACAGACGUCGACACAAUCCUCAUCCGGUCUGACAAUGAAAACGCCAAGGGCAACCGAUCUUACAACUACCGCGUCUGCAUGGUCAAGUCAGGCGCGGAGAUGGACAUGCGUGGUCGGUGCAGUGCAGGUCAAAAGGUCUUGGCUAGUAUCAUCAUUCGACUUGCACUUGCAGAGUGUUUCGGUGUCAAUUGCGGUCUUAUCGCUCUCGAUGAACCUACUACGAAUCUUGAUCGAGACAAUAUCCGCUCUCUGGCCGUUUCGCUGCAUGAAAUUAUCCGUACUCGUCAGCAACAAGCUAAUUUCCAGUUGAUUGUUAUUACUCAUGACGAGGAAUUUUUGCGUCACAUGCAAUGUGGUGACUUCAGUGAUUAUUACUAUCGUGUUUCGCGAAAUGAGAGACAGAAGUCGAUCAUCGAGCGACAGUCCAUUGCUGAGGUCAUGUAA